AUGCACGCUCUCUCGUCACUGUUCGUCCUCGGCACCUGCGCCGUCCAGACGGUCCUCGGCCGUCCGGAGGCCGCUCUCCGCGCGAAGCGGGAGGGUGCCAUCCUCAAGCGUUCCGUCGACUCGUUCAUCGAGACCCAGACGCCCAUCGCCUGGAACAAGCUGCUCUGCAACAUUGGCCCCAAUGGCUGUGCUGCUUCUGGAGCCGCCCCUGGCGCCGUCAUUGCCAGCCCCUCCAAGUCUGAACCUGACUACUGGUACACCUGGACCAGAGACGCCGCCCUGGUUAUGACGGGCCUCGUGGAUUCCUUUGCCCACAACUAUUCGGCAUCCUUGCAAACCACCAUCCAAAACUUUAUUGUCUCGACGGCUAAGCUCCAGGGCGUCUCGAACCCCUCGGGUGGCCUCUCCGACGGGGCCGGCCUCGGCGAGCCCAAGUUCAUGGUCGACCUCAAACAGUUUACUGGUGAAUGGGGCCGGCCGCAGCGUGACGGCCCGCCUCUCCGGGCUAUUGCUCUCACCCGUUACGCAAAGUGGCUGAUCACCAACGGCUACAAGGACACGGCCAAGGAUGUCGUCUGGCCCGUGAUCAAGAACGACCUUGCCUAUACCGCUCAGUACUGGAAUGAGACGGGCUUUGAUCUGUGGGAGGAGGUUCCUGGGAGCUCAUUCUUCACCAUUGGCUCUUCUCAUCGGGUAAGCCCACCCACCCCCCCUCAACCACCACCCAGGCCACCCCCAACUAAUAGCCCCAAGUCAACGGCGGCGAGUAUCCGGUCUGGGCAAGGACGCCAACUCGAUUCUGACCUCGAUCCACAACUUCGACCCCUCGGGCUGGGCUGCGACUCCAACACCUUCCAGCCCUGCAGCGAGAAGGCGCUCUCCAACCACAAAGUCUACGUCGACUCCUUCCGAACCGAAUACGGCAUCAACUCGGGCAUCCCCCAGGGCAAAGCCGUCGCCGUCGGCCGCUACACCGAAGACGUCUACUACAAGGGCAACCCGUGGUACCUCGCCAACUUCGCCGCCGCCGAACAGAUCUACGACGCCAUCUACGUCUGGAAAAAAGACGGCUCCAUCACCGUCACCCAACUCUCCCUCCCCUUCUUCAAAGACCUCGUCCCCUCCAUCACCACCGGCACCUACACCACCUCCUCCCCCACGCACGCCGCCAUCAUCACCGCCGCAUCCACCUACGCCGACGGCUUCAUCGACAUCGCGGCCAAGUACGCCGGCUCGGGCGGCUCCCUGGCCGAACAAUACGACCGCAACACGGGCGCGCCCCUCUCGGCCGCGGACCUGACCUGGUCGUACGCGGCCUUCCUCUCGGCGGCCGACCGCCGCGCCGGCAUCGUCCCCGUCACGGGCUGGUCCGCCGAGGAUCGCCAACACCCUGCCUUCCUCACCCCCAACGCUGCCGCCGAGCCGGCCCCCGUGCCCUUCCCGGAGCAGUGCGCCGAUGCCGCGAACGUGUUUGUCACGUUUAGCGGGCGGGUGACUACCGAGUGGGGGCAGUCGGUGAAAGUGGUGGGCAAUGUGCCGGCGCUGGGUGCGUGGGAUCUCAAGAAGGCGGUUAAGAUGUCUGCGUCGGGGUAUACGGCUACGAAUCCGCUGUGGAGUAUCACCGUGCCCAUGGCGGCGGGGACGGCGGUGCAGUUUAAGUUUGUCAGGUGGGUGCGGAUGGUGCGGUGCAGUGGGAGUCGGAUCCGAAUAGGGGGUUUACGGUCAAGGCGGAGACUAAGGCCGCUGAGUGGCUGCUCGGCGCAGAAGGUUGAGGGGAGCUGGCGUGUACGGACACCUUCCUUCAUUUCUGACAAGGCCUAA